AUGGUCUUCUCGUUGGAUCGUCUUAAUUUAUCCCACAAGAAGCUGACAAGUGUUGAUUCAAUUCCUCUUCAGGGUGCUUAUAUCAUUGAUUUGCGGUCAAAUGUUCCACCAAACGACACACGAUUCUUCUUCAUAUCACAAAAUAAUCUGAGUGGGGAGAUUCCUUCAUCUAUUUGCAAUUCGACAUCACCGCAAGUGCUAGAUUUAGCCGCAAACAAUUUGCACUGGGAAUUCCAUGAUGUUUGGGAAAUAUCACUGCUCUCAAGGUUUUGGAUAUGCAGUGUAACAAUCUUUCUGGGAAUCUUCCAAGAGCUUUCAGCAAUGGAUUCUGUAAGAACCAUUGAUUUGAGAUCCAAUGAAUUGCAUGGUUCCAUUGGAACUCAAUCAAUUGAAAACAUGUUUCCUAAUCUUCGAAUGUUAGAUCUCUCUUCGAAUGCGUUCUCGGGAAACUUACCUACGAGUCUGUUUCAACAUUUGAAAGCCAUGAGGACAAUCGAUCAAACGAUGAUGAACGCACCAAUUGAUGUCAGAUAUCUAUAUUACCAAGACUCGGUAGCUGUCGUAACAAAGGGAUCGGAGCUUGAAGUUGUGAGAAUCUUGUCUUUGUACACCACUAUCGAUCUUUCAAACAACAAAUUUGAAGGACAUAUUCCAAGUAUUGUGGAAGAUCUUGUUGCACUUCGCAUGCUGAAUUUAUCUCAUAAUGGGUUGGAAGGUCAUAUACCACCAUCACUUGGAAAUUUAUCUGUAGUCGAGUCAUUGGACCUACCAGGUAACCAUCUUGUAGGAGAGAUACUAGCACAAUUUUCUUCUCUUACAUAUCUCAAAGUCUUAAAUCUCUCCCACAAUCAUCUCCAAGGAUGCAUCCCUCAAGGACCUCAAUUAGCUACAUUUGAGAAAAAAUCAUAUGAAGGCAAUGAUGGAUUACGUGGAUUCCCAGUUUCAAAAGGCUGUGGCAAUGAUCAUGUGUCCGAUACCGUAUCUGGACUAGACGAUCAUGAAAGCUAUUCUGAAUUUCUCAAUGAUUUUUGGAAAGCGGCUCUUAUGGCUUAUCUCAAUGAUCAUAUAUCCAUAAUAUAUAUGAUCUCAACCAGAAAUCCGAUGUGGCUUGCAAGAAUCACUUUGAAACUGGAGCACAAAAUUAUUACGGGAAGGAAAACAAAGCAAUGA